AUGUCGAUCACAACUUGCCAGAAGGUGACGCUGAUAUCGUGUUCCGUGCUGUGCGUUUCUCUUUUCCUCCCUAAAAUAUUUUUAUCCAGAGGGAAAAGUGAAAUAGGGCAGCCGAUCGAGGUGGGGCCUGGGUUCUAUCCUCCUACGAUCCGCCGUCUCUCAGCACCAGAGGAUCCUGAGCAGUGGGGGGAGAGGCCCAUUAAGAUCCAGAGCGCUGAAGCCCUGGCCAAAGUGACGGGCAAGGGCAGAGCCAAGAAACAAAACCUGUUUGGUCAAGUCAUCCCCAUAUAUGGAUUCGGAAUUCUACUUUACAUACUUUACAUCAUAUAUAAGUUGACAUGUAAACCUAAAGGGAAGAAAGUGAAAUUGGAAUACACUUGUUCCACAUUUAAGCGUGAUAAUUUGGGGAGCAAGCUGGCAAAUGAAUAUGAGCUGAUCAGGCUGCAGGAACAACUGUUGGAGACUGAGAGGGAGAUGGAGGAGAUUGUCUCUGGGAAGCGAUCUGCUUCUGGCAACUGGAGAAAGAAGAGCAAGAGGUCAGUGUCCAAGAAGGAGGAGAAGCUUCUGAAGCAGCUGAAACACAUCACCCAGGUGAUCCAGGAGGGCCGGCUGGAGAUCGGCUCCCCGGAGAUGGAGGCGGAGGAGGUGCCCUACACGGCCGACUGGGAAGGCUACGACGCGGAGACCUACCCAGAUCACCCCGAGGGGGCCCGCAAGGACAGCGGCUGCGCCACGGUCAUCCUGAAGGUGCCUGAGUUCCCCUUGCCGACCGCCGAGGCUCUGGCCGAGAGGAUGGAGCCGGAAGAGGAGGAGAUUUUGGACAGGAAGCUUCACAUCGUCCGCGAGGAGGAGGAGGACGAGGAGGAGGAGGAAGAGGAUGAGGAGGAGAAUGACGAGGAGGAGGAGGAAGAGGAGGAAGAGGAGGAGGUAGACUUAGAAAUAGAGGAGGAGGAAGAUAAGGAAGACGAACAGGAGGAGGAUGAGGUGGAGGAAGCAGAGAAAAGGCUUCUGCUCAGCUCUCCUAUCCUCCUGCACACUGGAGAAGAAGAGGAGGAGAGGCUUGGCAUGGAAGUGAGCGAGGAGAUACGAAGGCGAGAGCCGGGUGCAAAGCACAUCAGCUUCAGUGACCAACGAGACGUCUUCCGCUACCCCAGAGAGGACCCCAACGGCAAGGAGAAGGAGAAGGAGACCGUAGCAGCGGAGGAGAUGGAAGACAACGAGGAGGAGGAGUCGGAGGAAGAGGACGAGGAAGAGGACGAGGAGGCGGACGAGGAGGAGGAGGGUGAAGGACAUGACCCUGCAGAAGAAGAGACCGACGAGGAGGACCCUGUGAUGGAGGCGGAGAGCUUGUUGUUCAGCCUGGAGGAGUCCGUAGACCCGGAGGCGGAGGCGGAGGAGCAGAGCGGGGACUACCUGUUGAUGCUGGAGGAUCCUCUGGGGGGCGCCGAGCGGCUGUUCCCGCCAGACCCGGCCCAGGGGCCUGGGAUCGCAGGACUCACUGGCUUGAGGAGCAGGACCAGGAGACCCACAUGA